AUGAUUUCUGUUUUGGCCGGCUCUGCCGAGAGCCACUUCCACCUUGCCUUGGAGGUGGUGCAGGAGUUUGGGGUGUCCAUGGAGGAAAGACCAGUGUCUGGGGCUUUCAAACGCCUGAAGGAAUACCACCAGGGGAAGAGAGCGGGGAGGCACGCGGCCCUCGUGCUGGCCUACGGCCGGAUCGCGCUCUGCACCCCCCCGGAGCAGCUCCUGGCCCGCGUGGAGAGCGACGUCGUGGGGCGCAUCCUGCGGCACUACCGCGCCAGCUGCCAGGUGCUGGGCUUCUCCUUCUCCACCAAGGUAAGUCCUGCCCCCCGGGGCCUUGCUCGCUGCCCUUCCCACACCCCUUUCCCCACGCAGGCGUGCCGGACUCGCCCUCCCGCUCGCCAGGCCAGGGGCCGGGGGUCUCCUUGCGGUAGGUAG